GUUUCUGGUGUGCAGUCGUACAGUUUGCUCAUCGUCUUACUGCAAAAAUGAAGCUGAGACUGAAGCUCCUGCUCAGUUUCGCUCUCAGCCUCUUGCCGUUGUGCUCGACUCAAGGGUGUAAAAGCUACCAAGUUAGAGGCUUUAUUAUUCAGCUCGAUUCAGGGCCGAGAAAUAUAACCGUUUCGCUGGAAAAGAAUCAGAACAUGGAUUUAAAACUUGCACACUAUCGAGUAUCGCGCACAUUUAGAGAAAGAAUGUGUCACGUCAUUAACAUAAAAAAACGAGGUCCCUGGUUCUGCGUGGAAUCUGAAACUCUGUCUUUUACGGAAGUAUGCAGACGCGGUGGCGAGUCGCUCCACCUUUUCAGUUAUGCGAGUGCCACGUGGACGCUGGACUGCCCUCCUGACUCCGGCAGUCGGACCCUUUCCUGUUCCGGCGAUCUCCACCCUCUGCGACUCCAGCGGUGCUCCUUGGCUUGGAUUCCGGAGACUUUGCCUUCAAGUGGCGGCCGAACGACAUGA